AUGAAGCGAUCGAGAAAGAAUGAUGUGGCCAUCGUGUUGUUCUUGAUCUGCGGUGUCUUGGGCUUCCUGCUCUACUAUCAGGAAGGCUCCAUGAUCCGCGUGUUUGGAGGGUCCACACCCGCCACAGCCAAGCCACCACCAUUGGUGUCUGCUUGCACAUCCUAUCGAGAGUAUCCAUUUCCGAAACAUCACACGGGGUUGCCCUACCUGGCAGAUGCCUUUGCAUCCCAUAACGCCCAGUAUGUUACCUUUGUCGGAAUCAAUCGAGGAAAAUGCAGCGAAGAAUGGAAGCUGGCCGACAGCUUUGCCACUUUUCAUGACCCCGAAUAUCACCGAUUCAUGUGCAUCUUCAAGAGUGGGAGUGGUAGCCGGACUCAUGUGCUGAGUGACUUUAUUCAUUCUCCGGGAUCGCAUGACCCGAUAUAUCUCAUUCAAUGCAAAAUCCCAAAACAAUUUCAGGAAUUGAUACUACCGGGGCAAGAUACCACGACUUUGCAUGUAGAUCUCCAUGCCAUGGAAGAUAUGGAACUGCCCAAAUUGGGACAGCACCACCAACGUCUGUACAACAGCACCGAGGUGGACCUGACUCCAGCCGUCCCCGACAUUCCCAUUUGUCACCCAGCUUUUCCCGCCGAGAAAAAGUUGAAAACCAAACAAUUCAAGCUUGUGGGAUACCUCCCCAUCACGUCCAACUAUGCACUGGAUUCCCGCAAAGGAGAAGAAAAUAAGACUCUGUGGUCCUCGGCACACCGACUACCGGAAUGGAUCGACUAUCACAAGAGCCAGGGCUUUGAUCAUUUUAUCAUUUACGACAAUGACAAGGAACCACAGGGUCCCAUUGAACAGAUUCUGCAACCCUACAUUGCGUCGGGACUGGUCUCGUACCGCUGGUUUCCUCUCGAAAAUUGCAUGAGUCAAACCGAGCACCGACGUAUGGAUACAGCGCAAAUCGCGGGAUCCUUGGCGGCAUUUCAUCGGUUGGGCUUUACCACGCACUAUUUCAGCUAUCACGAUGGCGACGAAUACAUGGUGCCGCUCCAAGACGGCAAGACUGUCGCUCAGAUUGCCGAGGCUGCCAUGGAACGGGAUCCCACCCUGGACGCACUAGAGUGGCGUCCGACCGUCAUGACACCCUGCAAUGGGACCAAAGUCCAACCAGGGGGCAGCGUGUUGGCAAAAUGGAAAUGUCUCACAGACGAACACUAUGCCGAUGUCAAGCUUAUUUUGCGAGUGUCCAGCAUGUUUUACUUUUGCAUCCAUUAUCCCGUCAUAGCCGUCGGAGGAAGGCGGCCCAAUGCGUACCGAUUGAACGACACGAAUGAAGGUUUCUUGGCGCAUUAUCGACCCGAAAAUGAUCCGGGAGGCACAAGACGGGACGAGUACAGUGGCCUCGUUUUGAAUGACUAUCACGACGAAGUUCACUACAUGGAUCACUUUCUCCAACAAAGACAAUCCGUAUAA